CAGCCCAGAUUAAGAAAGGCCUCUGCUCUGGAAGAAAGGACAAAGGCUCAAAAUCCUUGCUGGAAUGCAAGCUCCUCCAUUGCCCCUGCUGCUACUGCUUACCCUCCCAGCCACAGGUUCAGACCCUGUGCUCUGCUUCACCCAGUAUGAGGAGUCCUCUGGCAAGUGCAAAGGCCUGCUUGGGGGAGAUGUCAGUGUAGAAGACUGCUGUCUCAAUGCUGCCUAUGCCUUCCAGGAGCAUGGUGGUGGUCCCUGUCAUGCAUGCAGGUCCCCACGAUGGUCAACAUGGUCCUCAUGGGCCCCCUGCUCGGUUACAUGCUCUGAGGGGUCCCAACUGCGACACAGGCGCUGUGUGGGCAGAGGUGGGCAGUGCUCUGAGAAGGUGGCUCCUAGGACCCUUGAGUGGCAGCUUCAGGCCUGUGAGGAUCAGCCAUGCUGUCCAGAAAUGGGUGGUUGGUCUGAGUGGGCACCCUGGGGGCCUUGCUCUGUCACCUGCUCCAAAGGAACCCGGACCCGUCAACGAGUAUGUGAUAAUCCUGCUCCUAAGUGUGGGGGCCACUGCCCAGGAGAGGCCCAGCAAUCACAGGCCUGUGACACUCAGAAGGUCUGCCCCACCCAUGGGGCCUGGGCAGCCUGGGGCCCCUGGAGCCCCUGCUCAGGAUCCUGCCUUGGCGGAACUGAAGAACCAAAGGAGACACGAAGCCGCUCAUGUUCUGCACCAGAGCCUUCCCAUCAGCCCCCUGGGAAACCCUGCUCAGGAUCAGCCUAUGAGCAUCGGGACUGCAUUGGUCUGCCACCCUGUCCAGUGGCUGGUGGCUGGGGACCUUGGGGCCCUGUGAGCCCCUGCUCUGUAACCUGUGGCCUGGGCCAGACCCUAGAACGACGGACAUGUGAUCGCCCUGUACCCCGUCAUGGGGGACUCUUCUGUGCUGGUGAUGCCACUCGUACCAACAUUUGUAAUACAGCCACACCUUGCCCUGUAAAUGGGGAGUGGGAGAACUGGGGAAAAUGGAGUCACUGCCACCGUGUGAGCAUGAAGUCCAUCAGCUGUGAGGAAAUCCCAGGCCAGCAGUCACGUACAAGGAGCUGUGAAGGCCGCAAGUUUAAUGGACAGAGAUGUUCUGGGAAUUACCAGCAUAUUCGACACUGCUAUGACAUCCAUAACUGUGUCUUGAAAGGUUCAUGGUCACAGUGGAGUUCCUGGGGUCUGUGCACACCACCAUGUGGACCCAACCCCACCCGUGUCCGCCAGCGCCUCUGCACACCUUUGCUUCCCAAGUUCUCGCCUACAGUUUCCAUGGUUGAAGGUCAGGGUGAGAAGAAUGUUACCUUCUGGGGGAUCCCACGGCCACUGUGUGAGGAGCUACAGGGGCAAAAGCUGCUAGUGGAAGAGAAACGGCUAUGUCUACAUGUGCCUGCCUGCAAAGACCCAGAGGAGCAGAAACCCUGAAAUCCCUUGCUUCCAUUCUGACCCCUGAUCUUCCAGACCUCAAUAAACCAGCCUUUCUCAACUCUUCCAAGAUCCCUUAAAGAAGGGAGAAAAACUGUCCCCCUUCCUGGAAGUGAGGCAAUAGAAUUUUCUAGAGCAAAGUA